GUUCCAGCUCCCAAGGGGAUUCGGCACCGUGGCCUGUCAGAGAUCAACCGAAUGAGCAGAGACUACAGCUGAAGGCUGACUUUCGGACCUUUCCCUAAAUCAGAAGAACUGAGUGCUUCAGUGGAUUUCAACCUCCAUGCCCCAGCGUUUCCAACCCCACUCCCCUUUGCUGGCUUCUGAGUGUCUUCCGGAUCCUAGGCCUGAAACUACUAGGCUCUAAGAACACGCAGACUGCUAGAGCGCUCCGGACGGCGCGGGGCAAGGAAGCUGCCUGCUCCCCUGUCACCUAAACUGCAGUCUCCGAGGGACGUCUUUAGAGUGUACUGAGGUGUACCCUAAUGUCCGACAUUCAACAAAUGGACUUCUGGUGUGUGGUCAGAAGGGAAAAGCCAUUUACUUACUUUCCUCGCCGGUUUUCUGGCAACAGUUGAAGGGGAAUUGCCUCCGUGGACUGAGCUGACCCAAGAGAAGGGAGUCUUGGCGGGGAUACAUAGGCACCACACACAGACAACCGGUUCCUUACACCGACACACGUUGACAUACCAAGAAAGUCAGCGGGGAUACACACUCGUUGAAACUCUCCCAGCAUUGGUCAAACCCCACCCCCACCCCCAGGCUUCCACUACCUCCCCUCCCUUCUUAUCUUCCCCUCCUUUCGACGGCCUGGAAAAGCUGCCACACUUAGUCAACAAAUGGCACGUGGGAGAAGUUGGAGAGUGUUUGGUGAGGACUCUUCAGAGCUUUUCACAAGAAUCCUCUGUACACAAAGGAUCUGAGAAUUGCUCUCACACACCAACCCAGCAGCGUCCGUGGAGAAAACUCUCACGAGCAACUCUCUUAAAAAUACCAUCAUUUCAAACCGUUGUGGUCUUUAAGCAACAACAGGGGGGAAACAACAAAAACAAAAAACAAACAAACAAACAAAAAAGCCCAAUCAAACAAAACUCUUGACAGGAGCUUUGACAACGCCGAGAGAAAGGAUGCCUCUUAAAGGCAGAAGACUUUAACUAAGGGCAAGCAGAUGUGUGAGAUCUUCUAUUCUAAGAGUGGACAUACAUACCAGUUUUCAGAGCCCCGUAUUCGAGCCCCGUGGGACCCGGAGGCCGCCAACUAGAGCCAGCAUGCAGAACAGUCACAGCGGAGUGAAUCAGCUUGGUGGUGUCUUUGUCAACGGGCGGCCACUGCCGGACUCCACCAGGCAGAAGAUCGUAGAGCUAGCUCACAGCGGGGCCCGGCCGUGCGACAUUUCCCGAAUUCUGCAGACCCAUGCAGAUGCAAAAGUCCAAGUGCUGGACAAUGAAAACGUGUCCAACGGAUGUGUGAGUAAAAUUCUGGGCAGGUAUUACGAGACUGGCUCCAUCAGACCCAGGGCAAUCGGAGGUAGUAAACCAAGAGUAGCGACUCCAGAAGUUGUGAGCAAAAUAGCCCAGUAUAAACGGGAGUGCCCGUCCAUCUUUGCUUGGGAAAUCCGAGACAGAUUAUUAUCCGAGGGGGUCUGUACCAACGAUAACAUACCCAGUGUGUCAUCAAUAAACAGAGUUCUUCGCAACCUGGCUAGCGAAAAGCAACAGAUGGGCGCAGACGGCAUGUAUGAUAAACUAAGGAUGUUGAACGGGCAGACCGGAAGCUGGGGCACCCGCCCUGGUUGGUAUCCCGGGACUUCAGUACCAGGGCAACCUACACAAGAUGGCUGCCAGCAACAGGAAGGAGGGGGAGAGAACACCAACUCCAUCAGUUCCAAUGGGGAAGACUCGGAUGAGGCUCAAAUGCGACUCCAGCUGAAGCGGAAGCUGCAGAGAAAUAGAACAUCUUUCACCCAGGAGCAGAUUGAGGCUCUGGAGAAAGAGUUUGAGAGGACCCAUUAUCCAGACGUGUUUGCCCGGGAAAGACUAGCAGCCAAAAUAGAUCUACCUGAAGCAAGAAUACAGGUAUGGUUUUCUAAUCGAAGAGCCAAAUGGAGAAGAGAAGAGAAACUGAGGAACCAGAGAAGACAGGCCAGCAAUACCCCUAGCCACAUUCCUAUCAGCAGCAGCUUCAGCACCAGUGUCUACCAGCCGAUUCCACAGCCCACCACGCCUGUUUCUUCCUUCACAUCAGGCUCCAUGUUGGGCCGAACGGACACUGCCCUCACCAACACGUACAGUGCUCUGCCACCGAUGCCCAGCUUCACCAUGGCAAACAACCUGCCUAUGCAACCCCCAGUCCCCAGUCAGACCUCUUCAUACUCCUGCAUGCUACCCACCAGCCCUUCGGUAAAUGGGCGGAGUUAUGACACCUACACCCCUCCGCACAUGCAAACACACAUGAACAGUCAGCCCAUGGGCACCUCGGGGACCACUUCAACAGGACUCAUUUCCCCUGGAGUGUCAGUUCCUGUCCAAGUUCCCGGAAGUGAACCUGACAUGUCUCAGUAUUGGCCCCGAUUACAGUAAAGAGAGAGCGUGAUCGAGAGAGGAAACCGUGUUCACUCAGUCAGUGACUAUGUGGACACAAUAGUUGGGUGUUCAGGAAAGAGAAAUGGCUGUUAGAAGCACUUCACUUUGCAACUGUGUCCUGUAUCGGAGCCCGGGAAUGGACUAGAAACAAGGACCUUUGCAUACAGAAGGCGCGGUAUCAGUUGGAACAAAUCUUCAUUUUGGUAUCCAAACUUUUAUUAAUUUUGGUGUAUUAUUUGUAAAUGGGCAUUUGUAUGUUAUAACGAAGAGAUGGAUCUUGGAUCUGUGUUGGCUCAUGUGGUUGUUUAAAGGAAACCAUGAUUGACAAGAUUUGCCAUGGAUUUAAGAGUUUUAUCAAGAUAUAUCGAAUACUUCUACCCAUCUGUUCAUAGUUUAUGGACUGAUGUUCCAAGUUUGUAUCAUUCCUUUGCAUAUAAUUAAACCUGGAACAACACACACUAGAUAUAUGUAAGAAAUAUCCAUUGGUUUUUCCAAAGGUUGUUAACAGAUGAAGUUUAUGUGCAAAAAGGGUAAGAUAUAAAUUCAAGGGGACGUUGAUAGCUAAAAGGUAGAACGUGUCUUCGAUAUAAUCCAAUUUGUUUUAUGUCAAAAUGUAAGUACUUGUCUUCCCUAGAAAUCCUCAGAAUGAUUUCUAUAAUAAAGUUAAUUUCAUUUAUAUUUGACAAGAAUACUCUAUAGAUGUUUUAUACACAUUUUCAUGCAAUCAUUUGUUUCUUUCUUGGCCAGCAAAAAGUUAAUUGUUCUUAGAUAUAGCUGUAUUACUGUUCACAGUCCAAUCAUUUUGUGCAUCUAGAAUUCAUUCCUAAUCAAUUAAAAGUGCUUGCAAGAGUUUUAAACCUAAGUGUUUUGAAGUUGUUCACAAAUACAUAUCAAAAUUAACCAUUGUUGAU